AUGGAGGACACAUUCCUGCUGAACCAUCCAGGAGUCAAAAAGAAGAUUCUGGCAGGAGGCUCAGGACCGCUGCCACACCUUCCAAUUGGGACAAAGCUGGUUUUCCAUUUCCAGACGCUGCUGGACGACUUUGAGCGAACAGUAAUUGAUGACAGUCGACUGGCAGGCCGGCCGGCUGAGAUAUUUGCCGGAAAGAUGUUCAAGAUAGAAGUCUGGGAAACCCUGCUGGGGUCCAUGAGGAUCGGCGAGGUGGCUGAGUUCUGGUGUGAUGCUGUUCACACAGGCUUAUACCCCAUCGUGUCCAAGGGAAUGAGGCUUGUUGCUCAAGGGAAAGACCCCCUGGAGGGCCAGAGACACAUGUGUGGCAUGGGAAACAUGUUCAACUAUCACUCAACGGGUUUCCCUGAGCUGGACGAGCUGAUGAGAACUCCUCAGCCACUCAUAUUCAUCAUGGAGCUGUUGCAGGUGGGAGACCCCAUGUCCUACGAAAGGGAGUCGUGGAUGAUGGAAAAAGAUGAGAAGCUGCAGAUGGUCCCAAUUCUCCACAUGCAGGGCAAUGCUAUGGUCAAACAGAGAAAAUACAGAGAGGCUGCCAGCAAGUACAAAGAGGCCGUCCUGCUGCUAAAAACAGUCCAGUCCAGAGAGAUGCCGGGUGAUAUAGACUACAUCAAUUUGGGUCGAAUGAUCAUCCCGCUGGAGUUAAACUACUGCCAGUGCAUGUUGGAGCUGGAGGAGUAUUAUGAUGUUAUAGAGCACACCACCGAACUGCUGGAGAAACACAAAGACUGUGUGAAGGGUUACUACAAGAGAGCCAAGGCCCACGCCGCCGUGUGGAAUGAGAAGGAAGCCCGGAGAGACUUCAACAUGGUGUCCAACCUGGACGCCACUCUGAUCUCUCUAAUCCACCGAGAGCUGAAGAACCUGUCAGAGAGCAUGAAGGAGAAGUACUGGGAGGAAAGGGAGCAAUACUGGAACAUGCUGGAGAUAAAGGAAGACAAAAGUGAAGAGGUAGGGGAAGAGGAGGAGGACGAGGUGGAGGGAAAAGCAAAGCAAGAGGACACUAAAGAGGAAGUUGGGAAAGAAAAAGGUAAAAAGCUAUCUCCAUCUAUUCACUGUGUUGAAGCCAAUGAAGAGGCGCGCGGGGGAAAGGAGGUUACACCAGCAGAGGGAAUGGUUAAUGAAGAGGAGACCAGCUCUUCUGAAAUCAAUCCAAACGAUGCCAAUAACAAAGAGGGGAAGGACUGGCAGCAGAUGUUACGGCUGAUCAUGAUGCUGCAGAAAGAAGGGAACUUCCUCAUGAAAGAAAACCAGUUAAAAGAAGCUUCCCUAAAGUUCAAGGAGGCCAUCGAAUAUGUGGACAUCCUCCAGAAUACGGUGGUGGAUCAACAGGGCGAGGACUGGGAGUCGCUGGAAAAAGUGUGUCUUCCGCUGAGUCUUAACCUCAGCCAGUGCCUGCUGGAGCUAAAAGAAAACCAGCAAGUGGUGGAGCUCAACAACAAGCUGCUGAAGAAGCACAGAGGUAACUUUAAGGCUGUUUAUCAGCGGGCGAGAGCCCAUUGCGCUUUGUGCAACGACGUGAAGGCUCGGAGGGACUUGGAUAUGGUGGAGAAAUUGGACCCAUCGUUCAAACCCUACGUCCGCAAAGAACUGCAGAAGCUGGGUGAGAGUGUGCGCCUAAUGCAGUGCCGCCAGAAUAAGACUUACUGGGAUACAACCCAGGAGAAAUGGGGGCCUGAAGGGAGCAAGACAAAUAGUGCAGCAAGAAAGAAGAAUGUCAGAUUUGCACAGAAAACCACUGAUGAAAAAAACAAUGCAGAGAAGAAGACAGAAGUCAGUAAGAUAGAAGACGAGGAAAGCUCAGAGAAGCCCGCCCCUGCUGAGACAGAGGGAGUGGAUGACGCAGGAACAGGGAAAGAUCCAGAUGUGAAAGAAGCAGAGCUGAGCAAUAAAGGGCUAGAGAGUGGGAGAGCAAGUGAAGAUAAUGAAAAUACAGAGAGUGUCGCUGUUUCUGGGGAGGGCCAGGGUGCACCAGAUAAUCGAGCGACAGAUAAAGAUAGUGAUCCCGAGCCCACCGGCACAGGAGAAGAUAAUGUAGUGAGCAACAGAUCAGUGCAGGAUAACGUCACAGAGAAGGUCAAAUGUCCAUCAAGUGGUGAACUGGGCCAAAAAGAAGCAGCCCAAGGGAACAAAGACCCCUGUGAUAAGACAGGAAAUGAUGACACUCAAUCAGAAUAG